AUGAUGUGCAUGCAGCAGGUGGACCUCGGAUGGGAGCAUCCUUUCGCGUUCGGAAUCUACUGGGCGGGCACCCGGUUCCUUCUGUACGGCAUGGAGGUCCAUCAUACGAACCGCGGCAACCAGUUCCACCCGCACCUGCUCCUGCAAUACUCCUCAUCUGAACCAAUGGAACUUGUGCUCAUCUUCAGGGCUCUUUGGUACUUGCGCCUACAUGCCAUCCAGACAGCUGAGCUGGCCCAGAGGCAGCCAGCCGAUCUCCAAAGGAGGGCCAACGUCUACGCCGCCGAAGCAAGAUCGAAGGGAGAUGACGGUAAUGGUGAUGACGACGAAAAUGAUGGCGAUGGCGAAGGCAACGACAAGCACAACAGCGAGAGUGAGGACGACAGCGGCAGUGGAAGAGAUAGCGCCAGCGACGGCGACAAGGGCGACGACGAAGAUGCUAGCGGCGAUGGGCGCAGUGAGGGCAAAGAUGAGAGUGAUAUUGACAGCAGCGAGGGCAAGGACGACGAGGCCAAGGAUGGUGGGAUCGAAGAGUAUAGUGACCAAGGCACACAAGCAAUGCAUCAGACGAAGGCGAGUAUCACGACCCUUGUGAAGGCCAGUAACGGCCACCAACUCUAUGAGCUUCUUUCCUGCAUCAGCAAGUUGUCUGACUUCCUGAACCAACAGGGAGAGGCAACAGAAGUGCAUCUGGCGAGAAAUGUGGCCAACGGCCAGCUGGCGGCCGUCAAGCGGCGGCUGACUGAUAAUUGGAUCCACUACCAGGAAGUGCACGCACUGCGCAUCCUCGAGGGCGUGCCCGGGGUCGUGCGGCUGAUCGACGAGGGCAGGGCCAUUCCUGGGCGUGGGGAUACCUCCUGGGCCAACAGAGAGCUGGUGCUCAUCUUGGAGUACAUCGACGGCGCUCCAGCUCACCUUGAGGACAUGCCCACUCUUGCAAGCAUCCGCCUGUUCUUCUACCAGCUCACCCGAACUCUUUUGGAGUGUCAUAAGCGAGGCAUCCUGCACUACGACAUCAAGCCCGACAACGUUCUCCUCACGAAUGACAUGAGAGCGGUGGUUAUCGAUUUUGACCACUCAGUCGAUGUGGCGCGAUGCGACAAGGAGAUCCUAACUGCGGGCACGCCGGGCUACACGUGUCCCGAGCUGAGUGGGAUCAGUCUCGAGCUGCCCACGACUGCUGCCGAUACCUGGAGCCUGGGCAUCAUGCUCCUGCAAUCCCUCAUGUGGAUCUACCCGCGCUCCGACGGGGCUGCGCUGCGCCUGGUUCAGCAGCUCCACGCCGCUCCACGCGGCCAAGCCUGCUCCUUCAUCCAGUCCUGGACCCACAACGCACCGGCCGACAAGCUGAAGAAGCUGCUGUUCAAUCGUGCCGCGAAUCAAGCGUGGACACCGGCGCCGUGGUGCACGGAGGAAGGGCUCGACCUGGCCCGCCGCCUGCUCAAGCUCAACCCGAAGAAGCGGUUGGCCCUGGCCGACGCUCUCGCGCAUCCCUUCCUGUCCGCCUGCUGA